CCUUAGCCACACCAAACACUGGCGUUUCUCUGAUGAAAAUGCUGUCACGUAUGGUUCAUAUAUGAUGUCCAAGGGGGCCCUUAUCGUGUGAUUCGUUGCUCACGCGGUUUUCGAAGCCAAGCAUCCGCGCGGUUUUCCACAAAUCAUCACCAUCACGUUCACAGCGCUAUAAGAAUUCGACCUCAGACACGCACCCAAAUGGCCGUUAUCAGCUCCCAGGCAGACUUGCUGGACACCCUGAACUCGUUGUGGAACGCUAUGGUUGGGUUUUUGUGGUAUUUGGCUGCGUUGCUGGCAGUUUCUGGGAGGAGUGGCGAUGUCGUGGCGGGUCAGUACCUUCUGGGUCUAGGUGCGUCUCUCUUUCCUUUCUCUUCUCUCUUUUUUCGCUGGCUAAAAUGAAUGUGUAGGCAUUGCUGAUAUCACUGGGUACGUCGCUGGCUGGCUCUCGGGCUGCUCAUGUUGGACUGGGCUGAUCGUGGGGACAGUCCUAUUGUGGAAACCAAUAUGAUGGUAAGCAGGGGGGGGGGAAGCUCUUCAAGUCGUUAUCCGUCCAUCUAGCUGAGCGGGAAAUUGAUUGUAGGGUUAUG